AUGAUUAUCCCUCGUCUUUCCUGCCUGGCCCUGGUGGUACUGUGCGCAUUCAUUGCCCUCGUGAACGCGGCCGCCGACCUCAGCAGCGAGAAGCCUUAUCAGAAUGAAGGCCCUACGGCCCUGGGCGUCAAGAUGGACCUGAACUUCGCAAGGACCUGGCCGGACCUGGAUCCCAAGGACCCGACCAGCCCUGUCAACGACGAGACUGAUGGCAUUGAGGACGGCCAGCUCUGGCAGAUGGCCCUCACAGCAUACAACGAGAUGCUCGCGAAUCAGGAAGCGUACAAGGUGCCAAGACCCCAGAGGCCCACGGCCAUGACAAUCCUCGCCUUUGAUCACGAAGUCAUCCUCGCCUCGUCGCAGAAGGGCGCGUCCUUCUCCUAUCACUAUCUAGAUACCCCGGUGGCCAAGGCGCUGGCACGCUGCCAGACGAUGUGGCGCAACAGUUACCAGACAGAGGCGAUCCACAGAAGGCAAGGCCAGUGUGUGCAUCCGGCCACGCCACUGAGCAGUCAAAAGGCAAGAAUUGCUACCAUUGUCAGCGGUAACCAAGAGGAUCCUUGUACGGAUUCCAGAGGGGUAACAUUUGGCUGCAACCUUUUCGUUCAGGAGUAUGGUUUCGAAGUUCUGGAUAAAAGUCAAGCCUACAAAACGUUCGACCUAAGCGAGAUCGCUGGGGGUAUUGAAGAGAGGAGUCAAAUUCAACUCUGCUACUCUCCUGAUGAAAGCAACGACGGCACUGAUAUAAGCAGCGACAGGGAAAGCGAGCUAUUGAAGGGCUUGCUUGUGAGAUAA